UGCGUAUUAACAUGUACAUGUAUUAAAAAUAUCUAUUGAUAUGAUAAACGAUUGGACUCAGAAAAGUGUCAGUUCUCAAUGGUCUGUAGAAGAAACAACUAUCAUGCUGCUGAAAAUACUAAUCGCCUUGCUUUGUUUUGUCUUUACCGUUCACGCCAAUACAGAUGAAACUGUUCCAAGGAUUAAAAUACCUUUGGGAGGACUAAAAGGCUACUAUAAAACCUCACAAAAUGGUAGAAAGUACGAGGCAUAUGAAGGGGUUCCUUAUGCGUUACCACCUGUUGGGAAAUUACGAUUUAAGCCUCCUCGAUCAAUACCGGCAUGGACUGGCGAACUAUCGGCUACAAAAUUCGGUUCCGAGUGUAUUCAAUACGAUCAAGUGCCAGUGACUCCGGAAAGGGUCGUGGGCGCUGAAGAUUGUUUGUAUUUAAAUGUUUACGUGCCAGUAAGAGAAGAAGGAAAUGAAGCCUCAUUGCCUGUAUUAUUUUGGAUCCAUGGCGGUGCGUUCCAAUUUGGUAGCGGCAUGUUAUAUGAUGCAAAAUAUCUAAUGGACCACGAUAUUAUACUUGUUACAAUCAACUAUCGAUUAGGACCAAUGGGUUUUCUCAGUACGGAAGAUGAAGUAGUUCCUGGUAACAUGGGUCUAAAAGAUCAAAAUAUGGCACUUCGUUGGGUAUCGCAGAACAUCGAAUGGUUCGGUGGUGACUCGAAGAAAGUAACCUUGGUCGGUUUGAGUGCUGGCGGUGCAAGCGUGCAUUAUCAUUAUUUAUCGCAACUCAGCACGGGUCUCUUCCGAGGUGGCAUAUCGUUCAGCGGAACAGCAUUUGAUUGUUGGUCACAAACUGAAAAUUCUUUAGAAAAAACUAAGAAAUUAAGUGCUUUGAUGGGAUGUCCUACAACUACCUCUAGAGAUAUGAUACGUUGCAUGAGAUAUCGUCCAGCUCGCGCAAUUGUUCAGGCUACAAGUGAAUUUAUGCCGUUCUUGUACAAUCCCUUCACUCCUUUUGGUCCGGUGGUGGAGAGGUAUGGCGAUGAAGUACCUUUCAUUGAUAAAACACCUAUUGAAAUCAUUAAUAGCGGACACGUUCAGGAUGUACCCUGGGUCACGGGAGUAACGAGUGAAGAAGGCCUUUAUCCCGUAGCUGAGUUUAUCGCCAACGAUCAGUAUCUCAAACAAUUGAACGACAAUUGGGAUAUCCUUGGACCGCAUUUCCUUGAUUUUAAUUAUACCAUUCCCAAAGAGAAACAUGUUGAAAUUGUUCGCCUUAUUAAAAAACAUUACUUUGGUACAAAACCGAUAAACCGACAGAGUACAAAAGAACUCGUAAAAAUGGCGAGUGAUCGUUUCUUCGUGUUUGAUGGAGAAAAGGCUGCGCGAAUGCAAGCCAAAGUGAACCAGAAUCCAGUCUGGUUCUAUUAUUUCAGCUAUAGAGGAGCGCAAAGUUUAAGCGAUUCUUUCAGCGGUACCACUGUGAAUUAUGGAGUUUCUCAUGCCGAUGACACAUUUUACGUAUUACAUACUUCAUGGUUAGAUCCAACAACAACACAAAAAGACCGUGAUAUGCAGAAACUGUUAAUCGAUUUUUGGGUAACGUUUGCCACAGAAGGAAUUCCGAAAGUAGGCAGUGUGGAAUGGUCAAAAUUAGAUCCUUUGAAGAAAGAACUUUAUUAUUUACAUAUAGCUAGUCCUGAUAAGAUUAACAUGGAAAGUUAUACUAAUUUUGGAGAAAAAGAAUUCUGGAAUUCGAUAAAUUUCAAUGAGAAUGUACUGAAACGCACUAGAAUGAGUAAAGAAGAGCUAGUGUCAGUUUACGGUAAUCUAUGUGACAAAGUGCAAUUGGGAAUCAUGUUGCUAAAACUGCUGAUCAUUCUGUUCGGCUUCAACUUCUUCGUUUAUAUAAAUACGGAAGAGAUUUUUCCAAAAGUUAAAAUAACUUUAGGAGGACUAAAGGGUUACUACAAAUUCUCACAAAAUGGCAGAAAAUACGAGGCGUACGAAGGAGUACCUUACGCGUUGCCACCUGUUGGAAAAUUACGGUUUAAACCACCUCAGCCAAUACCAGCAUGGAUUGGCGAACUGUCAGCUACAAAGUUAAGUUCCGUAUGUAUUCAAUAUGAUCAAGUGCCAGCAUUUCCUCCGGAAAAAGUUGUGGGUACCGAAGAUUGUUUAUACUUAAAUGUUUACGUGCCAAUACGCGAAAAAGGAGAAAAUAAAACCCCAUUGCCUGUAUUAUUUUGGAUCCAUGGCGGUGCAUUCCAAUGUGGUAGCGGCAUAUUAUAUGGACCCAAAUAUCUAAUGGACCGCGAUAUUAUACUGGUCACAAUUAAUUAUCGAUUAGGACCAAUAGGCUUUCUCAGCACAGAAGAUGAAGUAGUUCCUGGCAACAUGGGAUUAAAGGAUCAAAACAUGGCACUUCGCUGGGUAUCGCAGAACAUCGAAUGGUUCGGUGGCGACCCGAAAAAAGUAACCUUGGUCGGUUUAAGUGCUGGCGGUGCAAGCGUACAUUAUCAUUAUUUAUCGCAAAUGAGCGCGGGUCUCUUUCAAGGUGGUAUAUCGUUCAGCGGUACAACGUUAGAUUGUUGGACGCAAGCUGAAAACUCCUUAGAAAAGGCUAAGAAAUUGGGUGCUUUGAUGGGAUGCCCUACAACUACUACUAGAGAUAUGAUACGUUGUCUAAGAUAUCGUCCAGCUCGUGCAAUCGUCCAAGCUACAAGUGAAUUUAUGCCAUUCUUCUUCAAUCCUUUCACUCCUUUCGGACCAGUAGCUGAGAAGUUUAACGAUGAAACACCUUUCAUUGACAGAACGCCUAUUGAAAUCAUCAGUAGCGGAGAUGUUCAGGACUUGCCCUGGAUUACGGGAGUAACGAGUGAAGAAGGCCUCUAUCCCGUAGCAGAGUUUAUUACCGAUGAUAAAAAUCUAAAACGGUUGAACGAUAAUUGGGAUAGCCUCGGACCAGCCUACCUAGAUUUUAAUUAUACUAUUCCCAGGGAGAAACAUAUCGAAAUUGCUCGUCUCAUUAAGAAACAUUACUUUGGUACAAAAUCGAUAGAUCGACAGAGUACGAAGGAACUAAUACAAAUGUCGAGCGAUCGCUUCUUCGUAGUCGACGGCGAAAAGGCUGCACGAAUGCAAGCCAAAGUAAAUCAAAAUCCAGUUUGGUUCCACUAUUUUUCUUACAGAGGUGCACAAAGCUUAAGCGAUGCUUACAGCGGUACUACUGUGAAUUAUGGAGUAUCCCACGGCGACGACGUACUUUACGUAUUAAAUACUUCCUGGGUAGACCCAACAACAAUGCAAAAAGAUCGUGAUAUGCAGAAACACUUAAUUGACUUUUGGGUACUGUUUGCAACAGAAGGACUUGCGAAAGUAGCCAAUGUAGAAUAUCCAAGAUUAGACCCUUCAAAAAAAGAACUCCAUUAUUUGCAUAUUGCUGCUCCUAAUGAUAUUAAAUUGGACAGUAAUGUUAACCUUGGAGAAAAAGAAUUCUGGAAUUCGAUUGGUUUUAAGGAAAAUAUAUUAAAGCAUACAACUGGAAGUAAAAAAGAUGAACUUUAA